AUAAAAAAGAAAAACCAUUAUAAAACACUACAACCAUUGCUGAAUUAAGUAGCCGAUUUUCAAUCAUCAGUGGCCGAAGAUGGCCAGUGAUGAACAAAAUGGGUGGUGUACGUCGUGGUGUACGUGGAUCAUUCCGUGGUUCAUUACGUCGUUAUGGUAGUGCAGAAUAUUCACGAAGACCAUAUAGACAUCAUAAUUGGAUAUUUCGUAAUGGUGAAUGGCGUAUUGCAUUUGAUGAUGGUGAUGAAGUUACGUUAAUGUAUGCCAAGCUUGAGAGACUUCCAAUGAAAGAUUUUGGUGCUGAAGUUAGAGCUUCAAUGGAUGUUGAUCAAUUUUUACAACAAGCAGUAUUAUUAUUGGAUAUAACUGAAACAUCAUUAGAAGGAAUUGUUGAUCGUAUGUUACGAAAGGUAAUCGAUGGCCGUGAACCAUUAACAACGCUCAAAGAGGCAAAAACAGCAUUAUUUACACAUGAUUCGGGUGAAUGUAAGUUAUUGAUUAUUUGUUAUCUAAUUUUGA